CCCCUCCCCCUUCCCUUACUCUCUCUCUUUCUCUCUCUCCCCACCCUUCUCCCCCCUUGUAACUUAUCUAGUUACUUCCUCUGCUUUCUUUCUUCUUCCUCCUUCCCGUCUUUUCCUUCUUCUCCCCCCGUAUUCAUAAAGGGCCACACCCCACCUUCUCCCAACCCGCAACCCCCCGGUCGCAUUGCGUCGAUCCCGUUCCAUUCCCCUCGAUUCUUCCAUUGUCCGCGGACCACACCUCACACCAUGGACGGGGACGAUCUCAUCGCCUCGGUCUACCGCAAGAUCGAGCGGGAAAAGGCCCUCAUCACCGCCGCCUCGAAUAUGCGACAGUCGACCGAUAACCCUCUAGUGCAACAGCGAGUCGAUGCGAACAUCCGUGAUGGCCGGAAGAACAUCGCCUACUUGGAGGAGAAGAUGCGGGAGCUGCAGCUCCGUCGCAUGGAGCACGAGGGUGGUGGUUCCCCCACCGAUAAGCGUCUCCCGCCUAAUCCUGAGGCUGGUCCCGUCCCUCCUCAGAAGGAUUAUGCUCCGGGUUAUGGGGGUAACGAGGAAUAUGGCGAUGCUUCCGGAGCCUACCCGCACGGUGGUGCUGGUUCUAUGCCGUCAGGGGCCCCAUAUGCAGACCCGCGACCCUUCGCUCCCGUGCCCAAGGCCCGGCCCAAUUACACAAAGCUUGACCUGAUCAAAUAUGACACUCAAUAUCUCGGUCCCAAGAUCCAGCUCAUGCUGUCGCAGCUCGAAUUCAAGUUGAGUGUGGAGAAGCAGUACAAGGCGGGUAUUGAGAAGAUGGUUCGCUUAUAUCAGGAUGAGGGUGAUCGGAAGAGCCGUGCGGACGCCGAAGGCCGGCGGAUUGAGAGUAACCAGAAGAUUCAGUUGCUGAAGCAGGCCCUUAAGCGAUAUGAAGAUCUCCAUGUCGACAUCGAAUCGACGGAUACUCCCGAUGAUGAGAGUUUAAGCACCCCCAAUUUGCGCAAGCCACUGACUGGUCUGCUAACCCUCCGCAUCCACGCCGUGAAGGACGUCGACCAUGCCGCCAGCUCGAGGUUCUCCAGAGGUCCCGAGACGUUCAUUGUGUUGAAAGUGGAGGAUACCAUCAAGGCUCGGACAAAAGCGACACGCAUCGACAGGUGGCAGGACGAAACGUUCAACAUCGAUAUCGACAAGGCGAACGAGAUUGAGCUCACAGUCUACGAUAAGUCUGGUGACCGACCUACGCCGAUUGGUAUGCUUUGGGUGCGCAUUUCCGACAUCGCUGAAGAGAUGCGUCGUAAGAAGAUCGAGUCUGAGUUCAAUGCAUCGGGUUGGGUGUCUGCGGAUAAGAUGGAGCAUGGAGGUGCGCCGGGACGACCGGACACCGCUGGGGGACCAGGCUCUGCUCACCCAUCAGGGCCCGGGGGCCCUGGUGCGGCGCCGAGUCAAGGCUACGGAGAUGGAAGCGCCGGAGCGCCUGGCGGGAACCAGGUCAUGAUCGAUUCGUGGUUCGCGCUGGAGCCAGUUGGUCGUAUCUACCUGUCAAUGAGUUUCGGUAGGUUUGUUCGAAAGCUGCACCCCGAUUGUACUGACCCAUUUUGUAGCCAAGCAAUUGAAGGACCGCCGGCCAUUCGAUAUCGGUCUCAACCGUCAGGGUGCAGUUCGUCAGAAGAAGGAGGAGGUUCACGAGAAGCAGGGCCACAAGUUCGUCACCCAGCAGUUCUACAACAUCAUGCGUUGCGCCCUCUGCGGCGAUUUCCUCAAGUACGCUGCCGGUAUGCAGUGCGCCGACUGCAAAUACACUUGCCACAAGAAGUGCUACCCGAAGGUUGUCACCAAGUGUAUCAGCAAAGCCAACUACGAGACCGAUCCCGACGAAGAAAAGAUCAACCACCGCAUUCCCCAUCGCUUCGAGGGCUUCUCCAACAUCUCCGCCAACUGGUGCUGUCACUGUGGUUAUCUGCUUCCCUUUGGACGGAAGAACGCCAAGCGAUGUACAGGUAUGCGGUCUUCCAUUAUAAUAUUCUAGGGGUUUGCAAUGACGGAAUAUGCUAACUUUUCGCAGAGUGUGGUCUUACUUGUCACUCGCAUUGUACACAUCUGGUGCCUGAUUUCUGUGGUAUGUCUAUGGAGGCAGCCAACCAAAUCCUGGAGACCCUGAUCCGCACCAAGAACCAUAACAAGACCGCCUCUGUGAGUUCCGGUCUUAGUGGCCGCACCCUGCGGCCCAGCAGCACACCCCAGGGCCCUCAGGACAGUGCGGCUAUGGCCUACCCACAGAAGCCCGUCGAGAGCCCAUACGGAGCACCUCAGCGGCAGCCUUCCGCUGAAGCUGUGAGCGCAGCGACCAACUCGUACAUGCCUCCUCAGUCCCCGACAGCCGCUGCAAGGCAGCAGAUGCCCCCGAGAACGUCGUCGAGUGCGGCUGUGGCUGCUGCUACUGUCGCGACGGGAAUGCCCUCUCCCCAGCAAAUGCCAGGUUCGUUCACGUCUUCAGUUCUCGAACAUUGCUUAGAUAC